GUGUUGGGGACGUUGGAGUGCGUCAGAGCGCACUGGCUCCCCUCACUCCAAACUCACUGCAUCUCCUUUCCAAGAAAACUCCUCCAGAUUUCAGGAAGCCUCUGGAUUGCUUUGUUUGGAUGUACCGACAAAUAUUACAAACCAUCCUAAAGAAGGAUAGCGGGAGUUUAGAUUGUUUUAUCAGCGCAAAAGGAGGGAAAGCGCCGUUACGCGUCGACUUGAGAGAUUUAUUCGACAAUUUUGUAAGCAGCGCUCAGGACGCGCAUAAUGGAUCGAUAGUACGAACUUCUGGGAGUGGAAAGAAGCUCCUCUAGACACCGUGAAAGCGCAAUUUUUGGUGGAAUAAAGGAUCGUUACAGAGAAUUCAUUAGUUAUAUAGUGUUAGACACCGUUUCAGAACGACGUGCGCUGUGAUGGAUGGAGCAGUUCUCUUGAUAUCGAUGCUGGUGUUGGUUUUCUCUGGAGAUGUAAGGAGCGCGUCGUAUCCUCAGCGGUAUAACCUUUACGCAGGGACCCAGACUCAGACUCAGCCUUUAAACGGGGCGAGAGCAGCGAGCAGACACAGAAACUGGUGUGCGUAUGUGGUGACCAAGACUGUGAGCUGUGUGGUGGAAGAUGGAGUGGAGACUUAUGUGAAGCCUGACUAUCAGCCAUGUUCCUGGGGCAUUCAGUGUGCCCGUGUUGUAGUGUAUCGGACCUACAUGAGGCCCAGAUACAAGGUGGCUUACAAAAUGUUAACAGAAAUGGAGUGGAAGUGUUGCCAUGGAUACAGUGGAGAAGACUGUAAUAAUGGACCAAACGGGGGAUCUGAUACUCAGAUCUCAACAAGCAGACCUUGGCCUAGACCACAACCAGGACAAACUGGAACUAAUACCGGUCAUGGACAGAACGGAGGGAAUGGGAGAGGUGACAAUGACAAGAUGAAGCAACUGGAGGACAAAAUCCAGAAGUUGAACAAAGACCUAACUGACCUGCAGUCAACUCUGCGUGGCAUGAAUGAAAGAUUCCAAGAGGAAAUGCGUAAUCCAGGUUUUAAUAGUGGCAAAACACCAGCUGAUGCAGCUCAGCCUGAAAUGAAAGAGACCAUCCAUAACAUUCAGACCAAGCUUGAUCAGUUGGACAACCGUACUCAAGCUCAUGACAAGACUCUAGUCAGCAUCAAUAACCACCUUGUGAAUGGAAAGGGAGAAGGCAAUGACUUAGACAUUGGGGGAGCAGGAGAAAACAGGUUCAACACCUUGAAGGUGGAAAUCCUCAGAGAGCUUGAACGUCGAGUGACUCUUUCAUGUUCUGCCUGUCAGUCUGGAGUGGAAGACUUGAGAAGGCAACAGCAACAAGAUCGAGAGAGGAUCUUGGCUCUGGAAAAGCAGAUUAAUGCCAUGGACCAGCGUCACCGCCAGACUCUUGAUGGUUUGCGCCGAGACCUCAGCCGGUCUCAAGGCUGCUGUGACACUGUAACAAACCUCAGUAGACGACUUAAUGACAUGGACAGGAAGAUAAGCUCAACGUCAGAGGCCUAUGACAAGCUUCAGGAUCGUCUGAAUAGGGAACUAGGAGGAACAGGUGGACAAGUUCCUAUAAUGCCAGAAGAUCUUUUCAAUGAUAAUCUAAAAGACCUGGAGAGACAGCUCAACAACACUGUCCAGAAGGCAGAGGAAAACUGUGCUUAUAUGGAGACUAACAUACGGGACUCAUUCCAGCAGGAACUCAGAAAUCUUCGCAAUGAAUUCAAUAAUCGUUUUCUUGACCAGGAAUACAGGAUUAAUGACAUGGACCUUGAUAUAGGAAUCUUUAAAGAAACUGUAUUUGAUCUUGAUAAGCGCCUAUCUCGGCUUGAGAAUACAACAUCCUUCAUAGACAGGAGGUUACGCGAAUGCUCUGGGUGCUCAGGCUCAAGUUCUGGGUCAAGUCCAACCGGUGCUAGUGCGAGCCCUAGUGAGACAGUGAAGUCUUUGGAGUGGAGAGUCAUUGCAAAUGAAGAUGAGAUCAAGAGGUUUGACACACGACUCAAGGAUCUCUCUGUGUCUGGUUAUUCUCUUGAAGAUAGGGUCAUUAACCUCAGCCAUGAUGUUCGCAAGAUCAAAGCACUAACUGGAGACAAUGGGGAACACUUCAACAGGAUUGUCAUGGAGAUUGAGAACUGUGACGUGUGCAGCACAGUGGAAGAUGACCUAAAGAAACUCAAGAACAUCACAAACCAUGCCAUGGACAGAUGGCAGAAAGAAAUGAACUACAUUAAAGGUAAAAUUGAGUCUGGUCAGACGGGUUGUGUGGAUGUUUGCUCCAGUUUGCAGGAUGAGAUGGAUCAGUUGAGACAGGAGGUACAGAAUUGCAGUGGUCAAUGCAAGAUCAACCUGAAUACUCCUACAGGAACGGAAUCAGGAACAGGUCACCUGGAUGACCCACAGAAACCGCUGGAUGGAUACAGUGUCAUCAGUAGUAAUACCGGUGACCUCAAGUCAAUUCAGGGAGAACUGUCUGAGGUCAUCUUAACCUUCAGCUCCAUCAAUGACACACUAAAAGGUCUGGAGCAUGUGGUCCAGAAACACGACAGUGUUAUCACCGACCUUGGAAACACCAAAGACAAAAUCAUUUCUGAAAUUGACAAGAUCCAGCAGGAAAUGACAGAGCACAUAGAGGAUAGCAGGAUACGUUUUGACAAUGUGGAUCGAGAUGUACGUCGCUUUGGGAAUAACUUUGUGGUUGAGAUGGGUGACUGCAAGAGGACUGGCGAUGGUCUGGAUAAGAGGCUCUCUAAACUCGAAGUGGUUUGUGGUCGGCUUGACUCUGUCUCAGACAAUCUCCAGAAGAUCAAAGAAGGCCUGAACAAACACGUGUCUAGCCUGUGGAACUGUGUCAGUGGGCUAAACAACACAGUGAUCUCACACAGUGGGUUCAUUGAGAUCCUCCAGAACACACAUCUGGAUGAUAUCCAUGGCAACAUCAAGAGACUAAAUUCCUCAAUGGACCACAUCCUCAAGGAGUUCCAGAGCUUAACUGAGAAUGACUUAACAGGUUUACCUGGACCACCAGGUCCGCAGGGAGAAAGUGGGCUCCCAGGUCCACAGGGACCUCCAGGUAAUGAUGGACCACCAGGUAUUCCGGGCUUACCUGGACCAAAAGGACCUCCUGGUCUCAGAGGAGAGAGAGGUGUGGCCGGCGCAGAUGCCAACAUACCACGUCUUUCCUUCUCAGCAGCUCUCACGAAUCCCAUGGUUACAUCUGGAACAAUCAUUUUUGAUAAGAUCUUGGUAAAUGAAGGAAGCUAUUAUAAUCCACGAACAGGUAUCUUUACUGCACCACUUGAUGGACGCUACUUCUUUAGCGCUAUCCUGACAGGUCACAAAAAUGAGAAGAUUGAAGCUGUGCUCUCCAGGUCUAACUAUGGCAUGGCUCGGGUGGACUCGGCAGGUUACCAACCAGAAGGGUUGGAAAACAAACCCAUGGCCGAAGCAAAACCAACACCAGGUUCUCUGGCUGUCUUCAACAUCAUCCUGUCCCUUCAGGUGGGCGAUACAGUCUGCAUAGACCUGGUCAUGGGCAAACUGGCCCAUUCAGUGGAGCCUUUAACUAUCUUCAGUGGUAUGCUUCUAUAUGAAGAUGUGUAG